AUGUCAACUACCGUCAACCUCUCCGAUGGAUCCGAACGACAGACGCCAUACCCGAUUGCUAUCUUCUUUGCAAUUGCAAGCUUGGCGCUGGUACUCCUUCUCACCCCACCAUUGGUCUCUCAUUUCAAGAACCGCAAUAUUGGAGCAACUGUCCUCGUCGCCGCUGCCAUUGCCGGCAACAUGAUGAAUUUCCUCAACGCCACUAUCUGGUCUACAGAUGACGUCGCUAGUUGGUACACCGGCGCCAUCUAUUGCGACAUUCAGAUCAAGUUGAUGGUCGUGCUGAGUAUCAUGUACACAUCAUCUGUUGCCAUGAUUCUGCGAGGUCUAGCACAGAUUAUGAACACCAACAGCUCGAGUUGGAGCAUCUCUGCGGCCAAGAAGCGACGAGACAUCAUCAUCGAUCUGGUUUGCUGCGUGGUUCUCCCAAUGUUCCAGAUGCUUGCCCAAUGGAUUACGCAGCCUUGGAGAUAUUACAUUCUUGGCAUCGCUGGAUGCACUCCCGCUACGGAUGGGAGUUGGCUGUACAUCCUGCUCUCGCUACUGCCACCUCUUUUUUGGACUGCAGUAGACGUCUACUACUCUAUCAUCCUCCUCAUUCGCCUGAUCCGUUACCGCCGCGCCUUCAACACAAUCAUGAUGAACAACAACACCACCAAGUCCCGCUUCCUCCGUCUCUACCUGCUCUCCACUCUCUGCGUCAUCGCUUUGAUUCCCGGUCAAGUCUUCGUCUUCGUCACCAACGUCUCUCCAGGCGUCACAAGCUUUUCCUGGAACGCUGUCCAUCACCCCACCGAAUACUCUUGGGACUCCGUCAUCAUGGUUCCCAGCGGCGGCAAGACCUUUUACGAUCGCUGGUUCUGCCUCGUUGGCAGCGUUCUCAUCUUCGCAUUUUUCGGAUUCGGCCGCGAUGCCGUCAAGACUUAUCGCGAUCUUUUACUUGGAAUUGGCAUGGGCCGUGUCAUUCCUAGCUUGAAGCCUGGACACAUCUCCCGAAGGGAUACGCAAGGAACUUUCUCGUCAUUCAACAGCAAGGCGAGAUUGUACUUUGGUAAGCGGAAGGAUUCGGGAUCUGUGACGACGUCCGCGACCGACUCCAUGCGCUCCGCAACUCUGGCUUCCACUACCCAGGAUCUCUCAUCUGGAGGAUCUCCAUUCCACUCGAUGAACGAGAAGCCGAACAGUUCCUCUUCUCGCAAGCCGUCGAUGUUGGCUUCAUUCUUCGGCAAGACUCCUCGAAAGCAUUCCAACUCCAACGAUCCUUUUGUGAUGACGACUUAUAAUCGUCAAGCGAUGAUUCAAUCGAAUGUUUCUGCCGAGCCGCGCUCGCCAAACUCACGUCCAUAUUCGCGGUCUUUCAGCAGCGAGGAUGUCAUGGUGAGGACCGAACUUAGGCAGGCGAGUGAGACGGUGGAACCGUUGAGUUCAAAGAAGCUUUAUGAGGGCGUGUAG